AUGAGGUUCUCGAUGGAUGACUCUAUAGUCACCAAGCAGAACCAUGUUCUGCUGGAGAACUUGACCAACUACGAUAAGCAAUCUAUAGACUACUUCCACCACGGGUUCCGCAGUGCGGACUACCCGGUCUCGUGGCGCAUACUGCUCAAGAUGAAGCGGCAGCGGAUACUCAGGCUUCCCAGCUGUGCGCGUGAGAACUGCCAGGACUACCGCAACUACAUCCUCAGACUGCACUACUGUCUCUGGAGGCGCUGGUCCAUACAGCAGUUCGACCUCGACCGCAUCGACCCGCUCGCCAUCAACUGGAACAAAGAGAACGACCUCAACGUGCUGUAUGGGCCCGACCUGACGGGCCAGGCGCCGCUGCAUGGCCGGUCGCACUCCAACGGGCGCAAGCAGUUGCUCGAGGACUACAUACGCAUACAUGACAUCGCCCAGAUGUACGCGAUCAAGUCCUCACAGCAGACUAACUGGCAGGAGAGGUUCAACAGGAUCCACAAGAGCAGGGCCAACUCCAGCUCGACACUGCCUCCGAUGAAGGGCAUCAAGUUCGAUAAGCUCGUGCUCAGACGAGACAUCGACAUAUAUGGUGUGUUCCAUGAGUCCACCGUCGAUAUCAGGGACAAAGGUGAUGCCACGUCGCUACGGCCAUCGCACAGCGUCGAUGGAGUCUACGUGGUGGAGCAGAAACACUACCUGUACGACGAUAGGUAUCUGUUCCCUUAUAUGCCCGAUGAAGACCCUCUGGAGUGCGACGCGCCGAAGGAUUUCGGCACAGGCUCCUUCUCCACGCUCGAGAUCGACGAUCAACUGGUCUCAUCAUAG